GCGCCGUUUCCGGCGAGGAGCGGAAGUGGGCUCGCGGUUCGGAGGGCUCGCCGUUUCGGGGCAAUCCUGUCUGAGGGAGAGCGAGAGUGGCGGCGGAGGCUUUUCCCCCAAGACCCCCUCGCAACGGAGCUCUCCGCCGGUCGUGCCGUCCUCUCCGCCUGCUUCUCUCCCGCCCCGGGCGAGGGAGUCUCCUGCUUUGCCGCGCCUCCGCCUUCGAGCUUCAGAGGACUUCGGAGUUUACCUUAGGAGCUUCUGGGAAGUUAUUUUUUGAAGUAAUGCCCACAGAAAGUGGAAGUUGUGCCACAGCUCGCCAAGCAAAGCAAAAACGCAAAUCUCACAGUCUUUCUAUACGAAGAACCAACAGUUCUGAGCAAGAGCGGUCAGGAUUACAGCGAGAGAUGCUGGAAGGCCAGGAUUCAAAACUGCCAUCAUCUGUUAGAAAUACACUUCUUGAACUUUUUGGCCAAAUAGAAAGAGAGUUUGAGAACCUCUACAUUGAAAAUCUUGAAUUACGUAGGGAGAUUGAUACACUUAAUGAGCGCUUAGCAGCUGAAGGCCAAACCAUUGAUGGAGCUGAACUGAGCAAGGGACAGCUGAAAACAAAAGCCAGUCAUAGUACCAGUCAGCUCUCUCAGAAAUUAAAGACUACUUACAAGGCAUCUACUAGCAAGCGCUCAAAUUCUUUCCCAGGCAAAUCAGGUGGACCUCGCAACUUCAACGUAGGAAGCUGGGAAAUAUGGGGUGGAGACUCCUGGAUCGUAUCCAGUUUCAAAACAACUUCGUCUAGAGCAAUCUGUCAGCUGGUGAAAGAGUAUAUUGGUCAUCGGGAUGGAAUAUGGGAUGUCAGUGUCGCGAAAACACAGCCAGUGGUGCUGGGGACUGCAUCUGCUGAUCACACUGCUUUGCUGUGGAGUAUAGAAACAGGGAAAUGCCUUGUCAAAUAUGUUGGGCAUGCCGGAUCAGUAAAUUCCAUAAAAUUCCAUCCAGCUGAACAAGUGGCGCUUACAGCUGCUGGAGACCAGACAGCUCACAUCUGGAGGUAUAUGGUUCAGCUGCCCACCCCUCAGCCUACAGCAGACUGUAACCAAAUGUCUGGAGAAGAUGAAGUGGAGUUCUCUGAUAAAGAUGAACCUGAUGGAGAUGGAGAUGGCUCUAGUGAUUGUCCCACUAUCCGAGCUCCUUUAACCUCCCUGAAAAGCCACCAAGGUGUAGUCAUAGCAGCAGAUUGGCUGGUUGGAGGGAAGCAAGCUGUGACAGCUUCAUGGGAUAGGACAGCAAAUCUCUAUGAUGUGGAGACAUCUGAACUUGUGCAUUCUCUGACAGGACAUGAUCAAGAACUUACACAUUGCUGCACGCAUCCCACCCAGCGUCUUGUAGUGACCUCAUCGCGUGACACAACGUUCCGUCUGUGGGAUUUCAGAGAUCCUUCUAUCCAUUCUGUGAAUGUCUUUCAGGGCCAUACAGACACUGUGACGUCGGCUGUCUUCACUGUAGGGGACAACGUUGUUUCUGGUAGUGAUGACCGUACUGUGAAGGUUUGGGAUUUGAAAAAUAUGAGAUCUCCUAUUGCCACUAUUCGCACAGAUUCUGCAGUCAACAGGAUUAAUGUUUGUGUCGGCCAAAGAAUUAUUGCCCUUCCACAUGACAACCGGCAAGUUAGAUUAUUUGACAUGUCUGGAGUGCGAUUAGCACGGCUCCCUCGCAGCAACAGACAGGGCCAUAGAAGAAUGGUCUGUUGUUCAGCAUGGAGUGAAGACCACCCGAUAUGCAAUCUGUUCACUUGUGGAUUUGACCGCCAGGCGAUCGGGUGGAACAUCAACCUGCCUGCCUUGCUCCAGGAGAAAUGAGAUGCUAGAGAGAUCUUUUUCUCUCUCCUGUCCCCUUCUGUUGCCAUAGACUUUUGUGCAGACUUCCCUUCAAGCCAGUCCGCUAUCAUUGUAAAAGGUGCGCCUUGAAAGGGGAUGUAUUGCAAAUGCUGUUACCACAUUGUGCAUAGUUGCAUGACAUGUACAGAAAAAAUGUGACCUUUUCAAAGAAAUUAGGUUCUUGUGUAUGAACUUUUAUAUCUUGGCAUACACUGGUGAAUAGAAGGAUGUUUGGCUUUCCUAUGAAGCAUAUAAGUGUUCCUAAGUUAUUCAGCCUAGAUGAACAGUAGGGCAUUAUGUCUGAUUUAAAUGUGAAUUCUGUGUACUUAUUGUGAAGAAUAUAUAGUCUGCCUUUUCCCCACUGUUUUACAUAUCUGCCUUGUGGUUAAAGAGAUAUAGGGCUAAACUCUUAAGAUGAAGGGUGAAUUUCACUUAGAAGUAUGUUGGAGAUUUUCUUGAAUAUAUAUGAAGUCUGACUUUGAAGGCUCCAAUGCAUUAAUUUCACCUUCCAGUUUACUCUGAUUUCUGGAAUAGAAACAUGGUUUAGGAGAGGAGAGACAAGCUAGCUUUUUCAUAUUGGACCUAGAAUGUUGGUUUGCCAUGUUGGGACUAUUCCUGUACAUUUCAAAAAGGAACUUGUUUGUUCUUACCCCCUUGACCUGAGCCAGCUCGCUUGUGUUUCAGAAUCUCAUAUAUGGCAGACUGCAACAUACUGCAACCACGGCAAACUGAGCAAGUUCCUAAGCACUUUAGUUUAUAGCAGCUGUUAUAAACCACAAGCAUCUGAUGACAUUUCCUAGAGAAUGUGAGACCUGUGUCUGAGAAGGAUUUACAUUGCUACAUUUUGUUAUUUUUUAAACCAGAUGACAAUGUUUAAUUAUCACUUCACCUGUGUUUAACAUUUUUUAAAAUGGGAGCUUUUUCAUCACAAUUCUGCUUUGAGCCAAUAACACCCAAGGGCAAGACCCAAACAACCACAUACAUUCUGCAUACCCAGGAGAGGAUGGGGUUGUAUGCAACUCCCAUGGCAAGCUACUUUUGACAAUAAGGAGUCUUCCAAAAACAGUUAAUAUUAUGGCAUGGUUGUUGGAGACCUGCCCGCUGUUCAGCAGAAGACAGCAAGAAAUCUCACUGGGCAUGCCCAAACCUUGGUUGUGCCUAACACAGUUCCCUGGAUUCUGGCCAUUGUAACUGAGAGUGCUACCUCAAAAAUGAAUCUGGGGCUACUUUGAGCUGUUUAACCUUGAUAAAGCACUUUGGAUCUGAUUUCAUUGUGCUGUCUUAAAGAGUAGAAACAGUCAUACCAAACUUCAGGCUUGAACUGUAUCAAAUUAAUAGAACGUCAUCAUACUGAGAAAUGUUAACCCUGAAUGUAAACAAAGGUCCUAGUGUAGUUCCACACAAUUCUGUAGAUAGUUCUUAAUUUUUAUCCAGGAGAAUCCUAGAAGGGGAUUGCUCUUCCUAUGGUGUGCUGUCAGCUUGAUGACCUUGAUUCAUGAGGCCAAGCGCACUUGGUAUUUGAUGGUUCUGAAGUGGAGAUAUGUAGGCGAUCUUUAAGCUAAAGGCAGGAAGUGUUAUUCAUCACUGACUGUCUAUAUCUCAGGUUUGGGGCCACAACAAUCAAAAGUGGUAAUGUAGACAUUUAAAAAGAGUUCAAAAUGAAUUCCCAAAACAUGACCUGCAUUUCCUUGGUCACUCGCUUUUCUUAUUACUGAGGUUGUCUUCCACAGUGCUGCCAAACACAACUUUGAAAGGCAGAUUCUGGUUUCUUUCUUCACAUAGAGGAGAAAGUAGAUUGGGAAUAGAGGUAUCAUAUAUGAGAAAGCUGAAAUCCCAGAAGGAAUUUGAGGAAUGGGACUUAAGAUAAUUUAUUGAGAACCUAGAAAAGUAUUUAUGCAAGGAUACAGUAUUAGAGUAGAUUAAUCCAUCUGAGGCAAAAGAUUAUAUGAUCCCAGAGCUGUAGCAGCUAUGUAGAACUGAAGUCUUUAAAGAGUGAAGGGCAAGUAAAUGGCUGAAACUUUUGUCAAUUAUCAGAUGUAUCCCAAGAACUGAAUAAUAAUUUUGGCAUUAAGUUGAAAAUCAGCCAGAGAGCUUGCUGUCUCCUUCCCUUAUGGAGACUCUACCUGGUAUCUUUAAAAAAAGUCCACUGUGAUCUGUAUCAAUCUGCGUUCAUGCUCUGUGGCAAGACUCAGAUAAGUUGUGGAUAGCUUUAUUGUGCAUAAUUUUAUUGCAUCCUUUGGGACCAUGUGCUUCAACAUUGGUCUUGCCACAAAAUAUGGUUGGAAAGAAGCAACCAUGCUAGUUCACCUCUUGGCUCUUUUGGUCAGGCAGCAAGAAGUCCAAGCCAGUAAGAAAAUGCCAUAAUCGAGAUGUCAAUAUAAAUAACCAUAUUUUUAUCCGUGUGCUCCCUCCGUGUUAAUGGAGUUAAAGCAUUUUUCAUGUGCAGCUUGAGAGCAAUGGGCUCUUAGACCUAUGUCAGGGAGAAGCUUGUGUGACCUUGCGUCUCACUGACGGGUUUUUCCAUGGAGCACCUUCAGCUAAUGACUUCUUGCCUUCAGCGGGGAUGAUGGACUUAGUUGCAUGGACAGUUCAACAUCACUGCUGUCUGUACAUUUUAAAAUGCAUAUGAAAUAGCAUAGCAUGUCCACAUUUGUUGAGCUUUAUUACACCAAAAGGCUACCUUUUUUUGUAGCAGAGAUAUCUACAAGCUUGUUCUCACUGAAGCCCUGGGCUGUACCUGGGUUCUAGCUAGCUAGAUUCUGACGCCUGCAAUAUUCUAAAUGUUGUUUGUAUUGAGUCAGUGGAUGGCUAGCCCAACAGUAGAUGAAUGAUAUUGGUGGAAAUGGUUAUUGGUUACAUGUUUCAAUUUUCCUGGUCUCCAUUUCAAAACCAACAGGGUUCUAACAGCUGUGAGAAUAUGGAUCUAAUUAUGUCCAGAAUUUCAUGUAGAAGGAAAGUGACUUUUGCAUACUUUCAGUAUUGAGACUUAGUUUUGUGAGAGGUGGCUGAAUCACUGGGCAAAUCACAAAGUCCUGUGUCUGUCUGUCUGUCACUUUCUCUGUGUGUAUGUGUUCUUAAAACAGUUCACAUGAUUUUUUGUAGAUGAAAAAAGUUACCAUUUCAGAAUCUGAAGAACCCUAUUUUGAUGCCUAAUUCUUUGAAAACCAGCUUCCUCAGAGGAAGAAACUCCUGUACUUGUAUGUCAAUGUAGAACCACUUGUUUCUGUUUACUGAUAUUCUGGUGAUUUGACGGUGUUUUUUUAGAUGUUCAGUGUUUGUCUUUGGUGCAAUUUGCAAAUGCCAUUAAAUCAUUCAACACAG